AUGAUCAUACUGGAACACCUAAAGCCUGAUGAUAUACGAUCUGCUCGUAAUGUGAGUAAUCGUCUUAAUAGUAUUAUGGAUGACUAUCGUCUACGAAUUAAUAUGGUAGAUCUAACUGAACAAUCGUCCACUAAUAAUGUGAAAAAUUGUAUAACAAAAGUUUUGCCAUUAAUAAAACAUCAAUUACGACGUUUGAAAUUGUCCAAUAAAGUUAAAGUCGAUUUACAAGAUUCUAUCAGUAUCUUUAACGCAAAUGUCGACUUGGGAGAAUUUUGUCGUCUAUUGUCAUUGUGUCUGAUUGAUGUUAGUAGCUGGCAAUUGAUUAACAUCACGCCACAUCUGCCACGAUUGGAAAUGCUCACAUCUAUUUCAAUAGACACGGACGAGAUGCAUCAUCCGCAAGUUGCAAUUGAUGCUAGUGCAGUAAUUCUGGCGCUUCCGGGUUUAGAUACAGCAGUUUUGAACUUUCAUUUAUCGAUGUCGCCACCACCAGUACCAGAUGCAUUGUCUAAUGUACGGAACUUGACUCUUGGGUAUUGCAAAACUUCUGAAUUAGCUGAACUGAUUCGUACUUCACCCAAGCUUAUUAAAUUGUAUAUUCGAAUGCAUCAUUGGCUCGUCGAAUUGAAUUUCCGAAACACAGACAAAAUUACUAAAAGGUGUAUAACGACUGUUUAA